AUGGCUACUGGUAUCACCAUUCGAAAGCGCCCGCUGGAAGAUGCGGUUAUUACUCAGCGUAAAUUCUUCAAGAAGACGGCCAAGGGGAAGGUCAUCAAGGUGAUACGCGAAAGAUAUCUACGCGAUGAUAUCGGUUGCGGUAUUACUGGCUGCAGAGAAUGCCCUAGUACGAGCUCGCCGGAGCCCUGUCUACCACUGUACGGCUCGAAUGACCACCAGUCUUUCCCUCACGGACACUUUGUACUCCCUGAUACGAAUGUCUUCUUAUCGCAAAUGGACCUUAUGGAGUCGGACAUGUUCACGACGCCGAUCAUCUUACUGCAGACAGUACUGGAGGAAGUUCGACAUCGGUCAUUGCCGCUUUACAACCGCCUCAAAGCUCUCGUCAAGAUAGAGGAGAAGCGCACAUGGGUGUUCUACAAUGAGUUCCGCUCAGAGACUGCCGUGGUGCGCGAGGAAGACGAGACGCCGAAUGAUCGCAAUGACAGAGGUAUUCGUACAGCAGCAGCUUGGUUCAACACACAUCUCGCCAUGACGCGCCCUCCAAUCCGCGGCCAGACACAAAAACCCCUCCCAAGCGUCGUACUCCUUACCGACGACGUUGCAAACAGGCAAAAGGCAGAGAAGGAGGACAUUCCCUGUUUCUCCGUCCGUCAGUAUCUCAAGGGCCACAAGAACGUCGAUCAGCUAUCCGAUCUUCUUGCCGUUCAGAAGGACGACACCAUUGAAGUGAAGGGUCCCGCUGGCCGCCAAGCCGUAUACCCGGAGUAUCUGCCUACGGGUGCCGUUCUUGCUGGUGUGAAGGCCGGCAAACUUCAUCAGGGUCACUUCAAUGCCAACGAGUUCAACUACCUGGAGGGUAGUGUCAAUGUGCCCAGUUUCCAGAAGCCAGUUCUGCUCGUUGGUCGCGAGAACAUGAACCGAGCCGUGAAUGGAGACAUCGUCGCCGUCGAGGUAUUCGACCCGAAGGACUGGAAGGCUCCGGCGGACGAAGUUGUCGAUCAAGAGGUCACACUCAAGAAUGACGACGUCGAGGACUCGGAGGAGGAAGGCGACCCGCUGGAGCCCAUCGCGGAGGAGUUGCGCAUCUUGAAGGAAGAGGAAGAUGCGCGAAGGGCGGCAGAACGUCAACCUACAGGGCGCAUCGUCGGCGUCAUCAAGCGCAACUGGCGAGCCUAUGUGUGCCACAUCGACUCUACAUCCCUCACAUCUCAAAGUUCAACUUCGAUGUCCCAACAAACCGUCUUCGCUGCGCCAGUCUCACGCCUCAUCCCACGCAUUCGUAUGCGCACACGACAAGCACCUUCACUCUUAGGCCAGAAGAUCCUCGUUACUAUCGAUCGCUGGGACGUCACGUCCCGCUAUCCCGAGGGUCACUUCGUUCGCGCGCUGGGUCGCGCCGAGUCAAAAGAGGCCGAGCAGGAGAGCUUGCUUCUCGAGUUCGACGUACCAUACCGGCCGUUCGGCAAGGCCAUUCUCGACUGCCUACCAAAAGAGGGAGAGCAGUGGGUUGUACCUCCUAAGAGCGAUACCAGCCCUGAGUGGCGCGAUCGCGAGGACCUUCGAGAUCUUGUGAUAUGCAGUAUCGACCCGCCAAACUGUCAAGAUAUUGACGAUGCCCUGCAUGCACGACUACUACCGAACGGGAACAUCGAGGCCGGCGUCCACAUCGCCGACGUCUCCCACUUCGUACAUCCGGAUAACUCUAUGGACAGCGAAGCAGCGGCGCGUGGCACAACUGUGUACCUGGUAGACAAGCGCAUCGAUAUGUUGCCUUCUCUCCUCGGGACGAACCUGUGUUCCUUAAGACCGUUCGUAGAGCGGCUUGCCUUUUCCGUCAUAUGGGAACUUUCUCCCGAAACGGCAGAGAUCGUCAACGUGCGCUUCACGAAGAGCGUCAUUGCUUCGAAGCAGGCAUUCACGUACGAGGAAGCGCAGUUGCGCAAGGACGAUGCUUCUCUGAACGACCCGCUCACGGAAGGCAUCCGUCUACUCAACUCUAUCGCUAUUAAGCUCAAGGCGGGCCGUAUGCGCGCUGGUGCCCUCAACCUCGCAUCCCCGGAAGUCAAGAUUCACCUGCAAAGCGCCGAGAGCAGCGACCCUAUCGAUGUUGAAGCGAAGGAGCUCCACGAGACCAAUAGUCUGGUCGAGGAGUUCAUGUUGCUCGCGAAUAUCAGCGUCGCGCGGAAGAUCCAGGAGAGCUAUCCACAGACCGCUGUGCUCCGUAGGCACAUGCCACCGCCGAAGGAGAACUUCGAGAAGUUGCAGGAUAUCCUCAGGCGACGGAAGGGUCUGUCGCUGGACGUAUCGAGCUCAGGCGCACUCGCGGCGAGCUUAGACAAGUGUCUUGAUCCGGGUGAACCCGCGUUCAACACGCUCGUGCGCAUCAUGGCCACGCGUUGUAUGCUGUCCGCCGAGUACUUCUGCUCAGGCAGCGUCUCAGCCGACACGUUUGGUCACUACGGUCUUGCCUCGCCCAUUUACACGCACUUUACCUCCCCGAUCCGACGCUACGCCGACGUACUGGCACAUCGGCAGCUUGCCGCGGCCAUCGGGUAUACGACGCUACAUGCGACACUACAUUCGAAGUCGCAUGUAGAGCGCGUGCUCACCACGGUCAACCGUCGGCAUCGUAUGGCUCAGAUGGCGGGCCGCGCGAGCGUAGAGUUCUACGUGGGUCUCGCUCUCAAGGCGCGUGGCGAGCGCAAGAUCGUCGAAGAAGACGCGUUCGUCAUCCGGGUCUUCCGCAACGGUCUCAACGUCUUCGUCUCUUCGUUGGGAAUCGAGGGGCUCAUCCGGUUUAAGAAGGACGUGGACUUCGAUGCGGAGAACUAUGUGAUCGAGAUGCUGGGUUCGCAGGUGGCCGUGUUCGAUAAAGUGCGCGUGCGCAUUGAAGUUGAGAAGGACAGAAACACGCAGCGCGGAAAGGUUAAGAUGACGCUUGUUGGACCGGUCGAUACUAGCUCGUUACAGUAA